AUGGGCACCGCGAUGACGACGGUUCAACAAGCGCCCCAGUCGAGGGAUAAGAUGCAAGAGAGCAGCAGACGACGGAGUUCCAGAUUCCAAGAAAUUAUAGACAGAGUCUACCAGCAAGCUGGCGCUGAGCUCAUACUUGAUUUGAGUAAUAUCCGCAAGAAGCUCAACUUCAAGGCAAAUUCUCUCGCCGACGGUGAGAGACCUGCUAAGCGGCAAAAACGCGAGUCGGUGCGGUGUUUAUGUCAUUUGACAAUCUGGGACAACCGAGAUGGGUUUGCCGCAGUACCACUUACCUCAAAGUCAAACUACUGCUACGUGACCGGAGCAGAUAAUGGUGUCCAUGGCCACUUCGUGGAUAUCGAGCUCGACAAGCCUUUUAUUAUUCAGGCAGCAGAGAUCCGUGUCCCUGUCACCACGAAAGACGUCUCGGCCCUGGAGAUUAUAGACAAAUAUUUUCUGGAGUUCAAGAUCAUUCCUUGCAAAGCUGGCAGUCGCUGGCCACCGAUGCCCAUUCUGGGUAAAAGUGACGGAGAUCACUUUGGUCACGAUAUCAAGAAGGACGGAUCUGAGGAGCUGCAAGGUGCCAUUGUGGCUCGAUAUACACACCUUCCAACUCCUCCAGAUAUCAAUGUCCCGCUCAGCGUGUUCUUCUUACACGAGGGGAGGACGUAUAGGACGAAAUAUGGUCUACAAGUGAUAUCAGCGUGGCAAAAAGCUGAUGCCGGACGCGUUGAAAAGCAGAGCAGAGGACUGGAUCUUGGUUCUUUCCUCAGAGAUCAGCCUAAUGGCAUUCAUUCUCCUGGGAAGGCCAAAAAUGAACACCUGGAACCCCUGAUGGCAUUCAUGCAGGAGAAGUCACUUCUCAAGCCAGUUCCACAGACACAGCCAGAAGUAUGCUACAGCUUCUCCAGUAGGCUUGCGCAGAGGGAAGACGUGGCGCAGGAAUUCCGGAAUGCCACGAUCAGGGGCUACCGAUGUCCAGUAUGCACGACGACACUGUGUCGCAAUUUGGAAGAACUACAAUUUCACCUCACGACCAUGCACGCGCAGUACACCUUUGCAGUGAAGCCUCGUACAGAUCCAGCCACGAACGAGGUGUCUCAAGUUCACAUCAGAGUGGAUCUACCCAGACGGCCUACUGUAAAGAAAGGACCAGAUAAUGGAGAGCUGUCGUGGGUAGCGCCAACCUCACCAUUCGACCUCCGAGCCUUCAUGUCCGGAGACCUCAGCUGGUUAGGCGGAGCCGCUCCAAUGAAGCUCCAACCUUCCAGCAGACCGACCACAGGGUAUCCGCUUGCGGACAGUGUUCCUAAUUUCCGCCGUCCCGACCGCAAGAAGAUCAAGCCCAUUACCCUCGAGACACGAGGUGCCGAUGACCAGCCCGAGUAUAUGUACACGUCAGUUUCUAACCGACCUGUCUCACCUGACGAAGACCCGCGCUCUGAAUCGGACGACGAGAUCGACAACGAGUGGCAGAUCGCCAUGCAGAUGGAACGUCUCGACCUGAUCGCGGAAAAGGGGAACUGGUCCCUCUAUGAACGUGAACUGGCCAAGCGGUGGGACCGCCAUCGCAUGGAAGAGCAACUCGAGCAUCCGGCCUAUCUUUCCAACUCGCUCAUCAGGUUUGCCAGGAAACAUAAGCAGUGGUUGAGGAAUUCCGGCGGCGAUGAACUCUUGCCCUGCUUCUUCGACUUCCUAGAGAGACUGAAGGAGCGCGACGUGAUUGACAAUAAUGUAGUCGUGGAUGUGAAUGAGCUGAUCUUUGCGGACGAUCCACUAGAUCCUUUUCCUACGACGACGGGGGAACCUACCGCCGCAGGGACGACUCCACGGUACGGGACUGCGAUGCCACCUCCUGCAACGACGGUUCAGCAACUGGCCGGACAAGCGCAGGAGCAAGCGCAAAACCCCUCGCCAAAGUUGGUAUGUCCUAUUUGCAGCACAGUCGUCAAACCCAGACCCAAGCGCAAGGUCGUCAUUUUCUGCCAAGACCCCAGGUGCACGACACCCUCUCAAAGGUAUCACCGAGAAUGCGUCCUCGCUUUGCCCACAUUGCGAAAAGCGAAGGAGAGAGUCGCCGCCUCGGCUAGGAUCGAGGACGAGACGAUGACAUAUAUAUUGAAAUUUUGGUCGUGUGAAGCCUGCACGGCGAGGCGGAAGGAACGUGCCACAUCAAAGGCAGAGGUGUCGAGGGGUGUUGGGAGAAGCGUGGCAAAGAAUCCGAGCACCAGAAAUGGGGUCCGCAGGGGGUUGGCAAGUGGGGAGGUCUGA